CGAAUAUUUGAAGAUUGAGGAGUGGGCUUGAACUUUGUAAUUUGACGUCACCCCGGGGAAGCUUGAUGCGGCGAGGGUGCGUCUCCCGUCUCGCCAUCCGGCCUCGAUCUCGAAGGUUGAGACUCGAGAGUUGUUCUGGUAUAGUCUCUAACCUCCUCAGUCAUCACUCCUCACCAUCAGUUCUCGACCUCGCACUCUUCAGAGUUCAGACCCCGGCCACAGACGGUCAGAUCACCGACGUUCGACCAGCUCGUUUCGACUUCUUCAUAUCCAGAAGAACGAUGUCUGACUAGAAUACAAGACGGUCACGUUCCAAAAUUCUUCGUCGAGUCUUUUCGUGUCCCUUCGUACAACUCUGAUGGGAACCGAAAUGAAAACCUUGGUCGAUCUCCCAGAAAUUGUGCUAGAGAAAAUAUUCUCUUUUCUUACCUUUGACAACAUAUCCCUGAAUAGGACAGUUUGUACAAAAUUUAACGAGAUUGGGUGUAAAGCCCUAAACAAAGGGUAUUUCGCUGCUGAAAGGUUUCAUGGCAAAACUUUGAAGUCAAUCAAGGCGAAACUGCCAAGGAGAGAAUCCGAGCGAAGGGCACAUCCUUUAGCAAGGCAGUGUGACAUCCUAAUUGCUAUUGAAACAAGACUGUCAAUGCUUUCUAUGACUUAUACCAAGUGGAUAGAUGCCAAAUUGUGUUGUUUCAUCCCUGGAAAGGUUAUAGAUGAAAUAAUGAGAGUAUUGAGGUGUGUAGCUCAUAAUCCAAACCAACCAAGGACACACGAAAUUCUUCAAGAACUCAGAGACAUUUCUUCAAUGGCAAUGGAACAUUUUGAUGAGAAAAUCUUACCCCAGCUAAAAGGCAACCGCUAUCUCCCCAUCUAUCUUCAAGGAUCUAGAUUUAGAGACCCAGCUGAUCAAUUUGGUGUUCUCCCUAAGCCAAAAAACAAUAUGUUUCCAGCUACUCAAAAAGUCAUUACAGUAGUUGAUUUUAAUAAGCUUGUCAUGAGGGAAUCUAUGAACAGGCGCAAAAUUAAAGCUCAAGCACUUGAAAUAUCAGAAUUGCGUAAACAUGUUGAAGAAUGGGAGGCAAAGUUGAGGGAUUUGUCUGCUAAUCUGACAAAAGCCACUGAGCUACCUUCAACAAGUUCCAUCAUGCCGUCAGGUUCGGCCAAACGUAAGAAGGAUGAUGCAGAAUUAAGAUCAAAACAAGUGAAGUCCAGUCCUAGAAAGAGGAGCAAAAUUACUUAAUUACAUCACAAGUCAGGAUGGGCUAAAUAA